AUGACACUAAAUAUAUUUAUUUUCUUCUUAUUCUCUUUAGCUAGCACAUAAGAACAAUGGGAUAUUAUAUACAAAAGCUUUCAAGAUUCUAACACAAUGGAUGCAUCGGGCUGGAUUGUACUUAAUAAUUUUAAUGGAAUAUUAUUUUCUACAUGUAAUGGCACUAGAUUGUUUGGAGGAUAUAACUCAUUUGGACCUAAUACAACAGUAUCUAAACACUUUUCUUUACCUCCUCAUUAUUAAAUCAACGUUACUUUUGAAUUUUGGAAAAUUGAUAGUUGGAAUGCUGAAUAUGUUUAUUUUUUUGCGGAUGAUGUAUCUCGGCAAAAAUAAUUUUUAUACGAUGAUGGGACCUAACUUUGUGGAUCGAAUUAAAUUAAUAGGAAUGAGAUAGGUGUGCCUGUUACAAUUAUAAUGAAUCAUAUCUCUGAAUCAUUAUUCUUAAUUAUGACUACUAAUCUGGAUGAGACAGCCCAUUCAGAAAGUUGGGCAUUUAGAGAUUUUACAUUAUCUAUAGUAAGAUGUCCUUUGGGUUGUUUAUUUUGUUCAGACAAUGAUUAUAAUAAUUGUUAUUAAUGGACUGGUAUUUUAUCGCUGUGGCAUGAAUCAAUCUUGCUUGAUGGAUGGUUGAAAAAUGAUAAUAUCUAACCUUCAACAUAUAAAUGUGUAAGUUUUGAUCUUGUUGGAGGAUACCUUAACUUAGCACCAAGUGAUAAGUUAGAAAAAAUUAUACAAAACUUGAUUUUUCAUUAUUAAAUUUAAAUAAGUGUAUAACUUUGGAAAAUUGAUACAUGGAAUAAUGAAAACUUUGAGUUACUGGUAGACGAUUAAAUUUAAAAGUAAAUUGUUUUAGGAACUACAGGUUCUUACUCUAUUUGUGGAUCCACUGGAUUAGAAAGUAUAUUUAACAUUGCAGUUACUUUACCUCAUUCAUCAUCAUCAUGUAAAAUAACAAUGUAGACCAAUCAUAAUGUAGCAACUACAGAUGCUUAUUGGGGAAUAAGGGCAUUUAAUAUAUAUAUUGCAUAAAACUGUUAUUAUGGUUGUAAACAAUGUCUAGGUCCUUUAAAAACUGAUUGUUCUGUAUGUAUAAGGGAAUGGGUCUUUUACAAUAGCUUAUGCAUUUAUCCUUCUCCUAUGUUGGGUAUAACCAUCCGAAUUACUUAAAUUAAAGAUCCAAAGUCACAUGAAAGGAUUCCUAUGGAAAUCAAUCUAUUAGAAACUAAUUAAUAAGUAGUUACUUAAGGAACAUUCACAUAUACAAUUGAUAAAAAUCUAUAAAUAUUGAAUAUCAGAGUCUAUGCAAAAUGCUAUCCUAAUAAAAAAAUGUUAAGCUAUUUUAUAAAGUGUAUCGAAUGUUAAUCUUAAAACUAGUAUUAAUUUUAGCAUUAUUGUUAUGGGGCUAUAAAUUCAAUAAUUUAUAAUGCCAGAUUUCAAUAAAAAACAGUUUCAGAAUAAUAAUUGAUAAUAAAUUCUUCUGAUACUGAAUGUUCAAUUUAUUAAGUAGUAAAUGUUGGAAACGAAUAGCUUCAAAUCAAAUUAUUACAAAUUUUAUAACAGAAUGUUUGA